AUGUGGUCCUAUGACGGGGCGUACUUUAAUGCGAGCAGAAUCAAGUUCCAGUUACCGGAUUUUGCUUGUGACAUGUAUGAGGGUAACCUGUAUGAUGGGGUAGUGGUGGGGAUGCAAGCCCCGUUGCCGCAUACGUUGGAUCGUUUUGUGAAGGCGCUAAUUGCGGAAAAGGUGGACAUAAUAGUUACGCUAGGUGGGUCAGCAGAAGGCGAGCGUCGCAAGAUGGAACCAUAUUGGAACGGGUACAAGUCUUCUGAGUGCACGAUCGAGAAGGUUAGGGAAUUGGAUGCUGUCGUGGGUGUAGAGAGGCAUCUACGGGUUACUUGUCACAAUCUGGACGGCAAGCUUAAACGAAGAGCGGUGAUACAGCUACAUUAUGACGACUGGCUUGAUCACACCACUCCCGACCCGAAGAAGUUCAAGGCGCUCUGCCGGCGUCGGAAGAACUGGCACCCUCAUUUCUGCACUCCGGUGCCACCUGAUCCGGAAAGCUGA